AAAACCCGAGUGAGACAGAGACCAGAGACUCCCAAUACCGGAGUGAAAACCCAAUGGGGGUAAGAGGAGAGUGAGAGUAACAGGACAAACGUUGGGGAGCGGUAGUUUCGUGAGGUAGUUGUGUGGCAGCGGUCGUGCAAGUGAAAAGGAGUCGGCGUAGUAAUAAAAAGACAUCUUACAUGUGCGGUAGAGUUGAAUAAAUUUCGGUAAAAAAAAAGGGGGCCAGGCGGGACGGUUCGCGUAUGUCGAGAGCCGACGAGUGCCGCUGGUGACUGGACCGGUGAAGUUUAGUUAAGGAAAAAAUAAAUAAAUAAAUACUUCGCGGGACGGAAAGGAUCAAUCGAAGCGUGAAAAAAAUAUCGAAAAUUCCUGAGCGCGCGUUCGAGAGGAGAGAGAGAGGCCGUUCUGGUCGGCAACGUUCCGUCAUUAUUAUAUUUUAUAUUCUCAAACCUGUGGAAAUAAAAACGGCCAAGCCAAGGGGGGAGGGGAAAAAAAACCACGGGGACGCAUUGUGUUACCAGCGCUAAACAAAAAUGGCGGACGGUGAUUCGAGGGUAGACCGGUCGGAUCCGGAGCUACGUUACUUAUCUGUGGAUAGAAAUAAUUUUAAUGAUCCAGCAACUCAGGCUGAAUGGACACAGAAGAAAUUAGUAUGGGUGCCACAUGAGACACAGGGCUUUGUUGCUGCUGGCAUUAAGGGCGAGAGGGGCGAUGAGGUGGAAGUGGAAAUUGCUGAGACCGGUAAACGUGUGCUCGUUGCUAAGGAUGAUAUACAGAAGAUGAAUCCACCUAAAUUUGAUAAGGUAGAGGAUAUGGCUGAACUGACGUGCCUCAAUGAGGCGUCUGUACUUCAUAACCUCAAGGAUCGGUAUUACUCUGGGCUUAUUUAUACAUACUCUGGCCUCUUCUGUGUCGUUGUCAAUCCCUACAAGAGACUGCCAAUUUAUACAGAAAAAAUAAUGGAAAGGUAUAAGGGCAUCAAGAGGCAUGAGGUACCACCGCACGUUUUCGCCAUCACGGACACCGCCUACCGUUCCAUGUUGCAAGACCGUGAGGACCAAUCAAUUUUGUGUACUGGUGAAUCUGGAGCCGGAAAGACAGAGAAUACAAAAAAAGUUAUCCAGUAUCUUGCCUACGUGGCUGCCUCAAAACCCAAAUCGAAUGCUACCCCAAGUCCGGCGUUAAUAAUAGGUGAAUUAGAGCAACAACUUCUCCAGGCGAAUCCCAUACUCGAGGCAUUCGGAAACGCCAAGACAGUGAAGAAUGACAAUUCCUCACGUUUUGGAAAAUUCAUUAGGAUCAACUUUGAUGCGUCUGGGUAUAUAGCAGGGGCUAAUAUCGAAACUUAUCUCUUGGAGAAGUCAAGAGCUAUUCGUCAGGCUAAGGAUGAGAGGACGUUCCAUAUAUUUUACCAGUUACUGGCUGGCGCAUCUCCAGAACAAAAGAAGGAAUUCAUUCUGGAAGAUCCAAAGCUCUACCCCUUCCUCUCGAACGGUGCCCUCCCAGUCCCGGGCGUUGACGACGCAGCCGAGUUCGCGUCCACCGUGAAGUCCAUGAACAUAAUGGGAAUGACGCCCGAGGACUUCUCCUCGAUAUUCCGCAUAGUAUCAGCAGUGAUGCUGUUCGGUUCAAUGCAGUUCCGCCAGGAGCGAAACUCGGACCAGGCGACGCUCCCCGACAACACAGUGGCCCAGAAGAUCUCCCACCUCCUCGGCCUCAACGUCACCGAAAUGACGAAAGCCUUCCUGAAGCCCCGCAUCAAGGUGGGCCGUGAUUUCGUGACGAAAGCCCAGACGAAGGAGCAAGUGGAGUUCGCCGUCGAGGCGAUCUCGAAGGCCUGCUACGAGCGCAUGUUCCGCUGGCUGGUGAACCGCAUCAACAGGUCAUUGGACCGCACCAAGCGACAGGGCGCGAGUUUCAUUGGCAUUCUCGACAUGGCGGGCUUCGAGAUCUUCGAGCUCAACUCCUUCGAGCAGCUCUGCAUCAACUACACGAACGAGAAGCUCCAGCAGCUCUUCAACCACACAAUGUUCAUCCUGGAGCAGGAGGAGUACCAGCGCGAGGGAAUCGAGUGGAAGUUCAUAGACUUCGGACUCGACCUGCAGCCAACAAUCGACCUCAUCGAUAAACCAAUGGGAAUAAUGGCGCUCCUGGACGAGGAGUGCUGGUUUCCAAAAGCGACGGACAAGACAUUCGUGGAAAAACUGGUGGGAGCUCACAGUGUCCACCCAAAAUUCAUGAAGACCGACUUCCGGGGAGUCGCUGACUUCGCGAUUAUCCACUACGCAGGAAAAGUAGACUACUCAGCAGCCAAGUGGCUGAUGAAGAACAUGGACCCCCUGAACGAGCACGUGGUGAGCCUUCUGCAGGCCUCGACGGACCCCUUCGUCUGCCACAUCUGGAAGGACGCGGAGAUCGUUGGAAUGGCGCAGCAAGCCCUCACCGACACGCAAUUCGGCGCGAGAACGCGAAAGGGAAUGUUCAGAACGGUCUCCCAACUCUACAAGGAGCAGUUGGCGAAGCUCAUGGUGACCCUCAGAAAUACAAACCCCAACUUUGUGCGUUGUAUAAUUCCGAAUCAUGAGAAACGAGCUGGGAAGAUCGAUGCACCCCUGGUGCUGGAUCAGCUGAGGUGCAAUGGAGUGCUGGAGGGCAUUCGCAUCUGUCGCCAGGGAUUCCCCAACAGGAUCCCCUUCCAGGAGUUCAGACAGAGGUACGAACUGCUGACGCCAAACGUCAUUCCCAAGGGCUUCAUGGACGGCAAGAAGGCCUGCGAGAAGAUGAUCCAAGCACUCGAGCUAGACCCCAAUCUGUACAGAGUUGGACAGUCCAAGAUAUUCUUCAGGGCUGGAGUGCUGGCGCACCUUGAGGAGGAGCGCGACUACAAGAUUACUGAUCUGAUAGUGAACUUCCAGGCGUUCUGCAGGGGCUUCUUAGCCAGGAGGAACUAUCAGAAGCGCCUCCAGCAGCUGAACGCAAUCCGGAUUAUUCAGCGGAAUUGCGCUGCCUACUUGAAGCUCAGGAAUUGGCAGUGGUGGAGGCUCUACACUAAAGUCAAGCCCCUGCUGGAGGUGACGAAGCAGGAGGAGAAGCUCACUCAGAAGGAGGACGAGCUCAAGCAGGUGCGCGACAAGCUGGAGAUGCAGUUGCAUUCUGCGCAGGAGUACGAGAGAAAGUAUCAGCAGGCGAUCGAGGAGAAGACGAUGCUGGCUGAGCAGCUGCAGGCGGAGGUGGAGCUGUGCGCCGAGGCCGAGGAGAUGAGGGCGAGACUCGCUGCGAGGAAGCAGGAGCUCGAGGAGAUACUGCACGAUCUCGAGGCGAGGAUCGAGGAGGAGGAGGAGCGAAGCACUGCGCUGAAUCAGGAGAAGAAGAAGCUGCAGCUGAACAUCAGCGAUCUCGAGGAGCAGUUGGAGGAGGAGGAGACUUCGAGGCAGAAGCUGCAGCUGGAGAAGGUCCAGUGUGAUGGGAAGAUAAAGAAACUCGAGGAGGAUCUGGCUUUGUCCGAGGAUACAAAUCAGAAGCUGCUGAAGGAGAAGAAGCUCCUGGAGGAGCGGGCGAACGACUUGUCGCAGACCCUCGCUGAGGAGGAGGAGAAGGCCAAGCAUUUGGCCAAAUUGAAGGCGAAACACGAGGCGACAAUUGCUGAUCUCGAGGAGCGUUUACUCAAGGAUCACCAGCAGCGCCAGGAGGUGGACAGAUCGAAGCGAAAAGUGGAGACCGAGGUGUCGGACCUCAAGGACCAGCUGUCGGAGAGGAAAACUCAGGUGGAAGAGCUCCAGCUCCAGCUGGGAAAACGAGAGGAGGAGUUGAACCAAGUGAUGCUGAAGAUCGACGAGGAGGCUGCGGCGAAGGCGCAGGCCCAGAAGGCCCUGCGAGAGCUGGAAUCUCAGCUAGCUGAGCUCCAGGAGGACUUGGAGGCCGAGAAGGCUGCGAGGAGUAAAGCUGAGAAACUCAAGCGCGACUUGAACGAGGAGCUCGAAGCCCUGAAGAACGAACUCCUCGACUCUCUGGACACAACUGCAGCCCAGCAAGAGCUUCGCAGCAAGCGUGAGCAGGAGCUGGCGACACUCAAGAAGAACCUGGAGGACGAGACGUCGCUGCACGAGGCGACAGUUGCUGACAUGCGCCACAAGCACACGCAGGAGUUGACGGCCAUAAACGAGCAGAUGGACGCACUGAAGAAGUCCAAAGCGGCUCUGGAGAAGGCUAAGAGCACUCUGGAGGCUGAGACAGCUGACAUGGCGACGGAGUUGCGAUCUGUGGGGGCGAGUCGACAGGAGUCAGACCGUCGGAGGAAGCAGGCGGAGCAGCAGCUUGUCGAGCUCAAUGGCAAGCUGGCUGAGGUGGAGAGGACCAAGCAGGAGCUCGCUGAGAGGGUGGCCAAGCUCCAGACAGAAGCAGAAAGCAUCUCCCAGCAGCUGGAGACUGCUGAGCUCAAGGCGUCAGCUGCUGUGAAGGCUUCGGCUGUCUGUGAGUCCCAGUUUACGGAGUUGACUCAGCAGCUUGAGGAGGAGACACGUCAGAAGCUGGCACUCUCCUCGAAACUGCGGGCCAUCGAGAGCGAGAAGGAGAGCCUGCACGAUCAGCUUGAGGAGGAGGAGGAGGCUAAACGUGCGCUGGACAAGCAAGUCCAAGCUUUGACGAUUCAACUCGCAGAGGCGAAGAAACGAGGGGACGAGGAGGCCGAGGCUGCUGCAGUCCUCGAAGAGGCUAGGAAACGCUGCAUGAAGGACAUCGAGGCACUUCAACGUCAGGUUGAGGAGCUACAAGCUGCUAACGACAAGCUCGAUAAAUCGAAGCGAAAAAUUCAAGCUGAACUCGAGGACAGCACUAUUGAACUUGAGGUACAGAGGGGCAAGGUCAUUGAGCUGGAGAAGAAGCAGAAGAACUUUGAUAAGGUUCUUGCUGAGGAGAAAGCUGUGUCUGAGCAGUACGCGGAGCAGAGAGACGCUGCUGAGCGUGAGGCUCGUGAGAAGGAGACUCGUGUGCUGUCGUUGACUCGUGAGCUCGAUGAGCUGAACGAGAAGGUGGAGGAGUUGGAGAGGGGCCGGCGAGGGCUGCAGGCUGAGCUGGAUGAGCUGGUGAACAACCAGGGAACUGCUGACAAGAAUGUUCACGAGCUUGAGAAAGCCAAGCGUGCGCUGGAGUCUCAACUUGCUGAGCAGAGGUCACAGGUUGAGGAGCUUGAGGACGAACUGCAGUUCACUGAGGACGCCAAGCUGCGUCUGGAGGUGAACAUGCAGGCGUUGAGGGCGCAAUUCGAGAGGGAUCUGCAGGCCAAGGAGGAGCAGGCCGAGGAGAAGCGCAGGGGUCUGGUUAAACAGCUGAGGGACAUCGAGGCGGAGCUUGAGGACGAGAGGAAACAGAGGGCAGCUGCCAUUGCUGCGCGCAAGAAGCUCGAGGCUGAUUACAAGGAUGUUGAGCAGCAGUUGGAGAUGCAUAACAAGGUGAAAGAGGAUGCAUUGAAGCAGCUGAAGAAGCUGCAGGGGCAGAUCAAGGACUGCACGAGGGAGACGGAGGAGGCACGUGCUGGGAGGGACGAGCUGGCCACUAUUGCGAAGGAGGCUGAGAAGAAGGUGAAGAGUUUGGAGGCUGAUCUGCUGCAGUUGACUGAGGAUCUUGCUGGGAGUGAGAGGGCGAGGCGUGCUGCGGAAAAUGAGAGGGAUGAGCUGCAGGAGGAGCUCAAUAAUAAUGCCAAUAAGGGGACUCUCAUGCUGGAUGAGAAACGACGGCUUGAGGCCAGGAUUGCUACUCUUGAGGAGGAGCUCGAGGAGGAGCAGUCGAACAACGAAAUCUUUGUGGAUAGAUCGAGAAAGGGACAGAUUACUAUUGAACAGCUGACUACGGAUUUGGCUACUGAACGCUCAGCAACGCAGAAGCUCGAGUCACAGAGAUUGCUGCUGGAGAGGCAGAAUAAGGAGCUCAAGGCGAAACUCGCGGAGCUCGAGACUGCGCAGAGGGCCAAGACCAAGGCCACCAUUCAGGCGCUCGAGUCCAAGAUCAGUAAUCUUGAUGAACAGCUGGAGACUGAGGCGAAGGAGAGAUUCGCCCAGCAGAAGGUCAAUAGGAAGCUGGAUAAGAAGCUGAAGGAGCUGGGACUGCAGUUGGAGGAUGAGAGGAGAAAUGCUGAUCAGUACAAGGAGCAGGUCGAGAAGGCUAAUGCCAGGGUUAAGACGCUGAAGAGGCAGUUGGAUGAGACCGAGGAGGAGCUCAGCAGGCACAAGGUACAAAAGAGAAAGGCGCAGAGGGAGAUGGAUGAGAUGAUCGAGUCGUAUGAGAAUCUCACGCGCGAGGUCGCCAAUCUCAAGAGUAAAUUGAGACGUGGUGGAGGAGCUCCAAUUGGUCUAAGCUCCACAAGACUAACGAAACGCGGUUCAGUCCAGACCGGUGGCUCUGGUGACGACUCGACAACUCAGGACGAGAGCAUCGACGGCGAAGAGAGUAUCAACUGAAUCCUCUCAAACUCUUAUGCAAUAACACCAUUAAAACCCGCAUAAUAGUACGUCAAACCACCCGUAUGAAAAAAUACGAAACAGUAAAACGAGACAAAAACAUUGAAAAAAAAAUCAAGAAGGAACGAUGAACUCGAAGAUAUGAAUAAUGAAUAUUCGAUCGAUUAGAAAAAAAUGACACGUGUUGAGUGUCGCCAGCAAGCAAGUAAUAGAAAGCAAUUUAUUUCCUUAAUUAUUACGUUAUCAUUAUUUUUUUGAAAUUCGAAUUAGAAUUAUAUAUACGAGAAUGAUAAACUUCCAAACAAGAUGCCAUCGCUAGAGGGGACGAAUAUUUAAAAGAAAAAUGAUGAGAAAUAGCGACAAAAAAAAUGAAGCAAAUGUGUACAUAACUUUACAAGCUUAACUAACUAACAUUGACCGCCGAGCGGUUUUAAUGCAGAAAAUAAAAGCGAUUGUUGAUUCAUUAAUUAUCAGUAACAAUUGAACAAUCAAGCUGAAGUAAUGGAUAAACGAGAGAAAAUGCAUGAGGGGUUAAAUCGCUGCAUAAUUAAUAUCUCACGGAGACAAAAGGAAAAUUAAUGAAACUAAUGUUUCAAGAUGAAUGGAAGAAAAAAUUAACAAACCGUAGGUAGGAAUAAGACAUUAAUGUUUAUUACUAUUACAUUAUUUUAUUACUAUUAUUACGAGACAGCAUCAUCCCGAAUAAUAUGCGAAAGAUACCGUUAGUUACUUCAUUUUUUUUAAUGAUUAACGAGGUAAGACGUAGAGGCAGAUAAUAAAAUGAUGGAAAAUCAGUUGUUCUUUUUUUUUGUAUUUUAUGAUUUACGAUUUUGAUUGAUUUUUUGUAGAUGGAGAACAGAGAAAUGAUGACAAUUUGGGGGUUUGUUUCAUUUUAAAAGGUUUUACGUUCUGGCAUUUACCUUUCCUUCCAGUAUUUCUCCUCUCUAGGCUCUAAAAACUCUCACUUUCUUUUUUUUAUCGUCUUUUAUACGAAUGUACCCGCACAUGCAUUUAUAUACAUAUUUUUCGGCAUUAUUAUAUAUAUAAUAUAUAUUUAAUGACAGUGUAGGGAGUAAGCUUUCCUCCUUCUCAAUCUUUAUACAUUUGCAUUUUUUUUCUUUUGAGAAUAAAACGAGAAUGAAGUUAGAUUUUUUGGGUUUUUUUUCUGUCGGUUCUGGGUGUACUUAAAUCAUGCAUGGCGAUUAUUCUCUUGUCAUCUGCAACCUUUUGAAAUGAAAUGAGAGGAAUUCAGUGAGGAAGUGGGGAAAUGUGACAAUUACUCGAUUUUUCAUGUCUGAGACGAAAUUCAGGUUCAUUCAAUCUCCAAUAUCUUCGAACCUGACAAUGCGAUUUGGAUGAGUCAGAAUUCAUUUUAAAGUCUGGAAAAAUAUCUUGAAAAUGGGAUAAAAAUUGUUGAUUUUCACUCUGCCGAUCUCGAGACAUCGAACAUUGAAGAUUCACUUUGCUUCAAUUGAAUUAAUUAGGUUUUGCCACUUUACAUUGAAUUCUCUGGAAUGAAAUGAUCUUGAGCUUCUGUUUCUCAUUUCUUCCCAUCAUGUACGAGGAUUAUUUAUCAGUGGAGGAGUUGAAAUGGUCUAAUCCAGAUGUUUAUUAUUGUGAGAGUUGUCUCCAUUCAAUUAAAGCAACAAAUCAACGAGAAUUAAUCAACUGAUGAACUUAAAUCAAUGAAGAAACAUGAGAACCAGGAAAAUUUUAUUUACGAUUUUUUUAUAAAUUUAUUGAAAUAUGAAAAAUGAAGGGUCACUUUGUAUUCAGAGACGUUUUACACAUAUUGAAAUUCAUAUAUUUUUACUGGAAACGAUCGUAAAAGGGCUUUUGAGAGGAGAUGGAGUGUUGAGAAUUGUGUAUAUAAGUGAUUCAUGGUCACUUGGUGAUUAUUCAUGGAUUAAUGAGGGAAAAUAAUUCCAUCUGUGAUGUUCGAGGAAUAAAUUUCACGUGAAACGACAGUGAGUGGCCAUCGAAUAGCUAAAAUAGGAUGAAAAAUCGUAGGUUUCAAUCAUGAAGUGAAUUUUGAUACAUUUUUAUAUAGAAAAUGGUAAUAACAGUUGCAUCUGAAUACGUAAGGACACAAUAAACAUGAAAUUUAAAAAAUA